AUGUACAUAGGUUCUGUAAGACUGGGGGAUGUUACAUCAUUAGGUAAAGGCAGACUGGAAUACCAGGAUGAGAACCAAGGCUGGGGAACUGUUUGCAACCAAAACUGGGACCAAUUUGACAGCAAGGUAGCAUGUAUGCAACUGGGAUUCGAUCCUCGUCGUGCCUAUGAUGAAUUCCCCGCCUCUGGAGGAGACGACCUGCCGAUAGUGCUUGGAGGCCUUCGAUGUUCCCAUCAAACUCGAUUAGAUGAAUGUGAGAGGUAUGAUGACUGGACACCUGGUAGCUGUACGCAUUCGCAGGACGUUGGGAUACAAUGCAAACCCCGUGAACCUCGCGUUGGAACCUGUAACCUGGACGAUGAACCUGUGGCCCUCGCUGAGCUGACUGAAAACAAUGUCACAACAGGUACACCUUAUGUAUAUUAUGGACGGACCUGGGGAUCAUUCUGUCUGGACAAUUGGAACAUCAACGCAGCUCGUAUAUUCUGCAUUAACCAAGGUUUUCAAGAUGCAGUAUAUACAUAUAGCGCGACGGGAGCUAAACCGGGUACGAUUGUGAACACAAUCAGCUGUACAGGAAUGGAAGAAUACUUCACCGAUUGUCCUCAGAUAGAAUGGGCCUAUCAGGGAGAAUGCAGUCAGGAGGCUGCACCCGGUGUUGUGUGUCAAGUGGGACAAAAAUCACUUAGCAUCGUCAACACGAUUCCUGGUUACCCUGAAUACGGUCGAGUAGAAGUGACGGUCAACAACCAGCUGACAGGUACCAUCUGUGACAGUACGUGGGACCAGGCUGCAGCUAAUGUGGUCUGUCGUGAUCUAGGUUUUAAGCGAGGAGCGCGAAGUUUCUUCACAAUCGGAGGAGGGGCUACCGGAGACAUAUUCGAGAGCGUACACUGCACUGGGGAUGAAGACAGUUUUAGCGAUUGUCGGAGUGAGUUGGUCCCAGAAUCACGUUCGGACUGCGAUCACACUCAAGACGCUGGCGUCGAAUGUUUCGCAAACGACGACACAUGGAUUGACUUCCUAAGCGGUGCAGGUUCCUUUGAGGGCGUGGUGUAUUACCAAGCAGAGGGUCGACGUGCCUUGAUAUGCGAUCAAACAUGGACUGACAAGGAAGCCGCUGUGGCAUGUCGUAUGCAGGGAUACGAAGGUGGUACAGCAACCAAAGUAGUCGAUCUCGCACCAGAGGAUUAUACUGAUAUCUUACAAUGGGAUAUCGUGUGUAAUGGCGAUGAGGGAACACUAGAAAACUGCACUGUGUCCAAGAAAGCCAACCCGACCACAUGCGCGCCUGACAACGUUGCUCAGGUCACAUGCGAACCAAAUAAAGCCAUCGCAUACACGACCCUAGUGAGACCAGUGUUAGAAUACGCAAGCUGUGCCUGGGACCCAUACAGGAUAGGGCAGAUUAAUAAACUGGAUGCAGUUCAAAGGAGGGCGGCACGCUUCGUAACAGGAAACUACCAAAGGGACAGCAGUGUCACACAAAUGCAGACCUGCCUUGAAUGGGAAUCACUUGAACAUGGGGACAUGCAGAUGACUGGAAAUAAGUAUUCGGAGCAAGGACGUGUGGAAACCUACAAGGACGGAGAAUGGGUCAAAGUUUGGGUGAUUCCUACCGUAAGUGGUCCCGACAAUGUUAUCUAUGACAAGCUUUGUCAAGCCAUGGGGUAUGAUGAUAUAUCGUUGUAUCAUUACGUUGGAGAAGAGCAGAUGCCUUUCGAAGGAGGUUCACAGGAUGCAGGAGCCCUGUGCAAUGUUUAUCCCUUAGACGGCAGCAUCAACUGUAUUAACCAUACUGAUGGAACUGGAAAUGGUGCCUAUGCCCAGACAGGCAUCGUGUGCAAACCCUUGGAUAUUGUGGCAUACCAUCCAAUAAGAUUGGUCGACAUUAACACAAACGAGAUCAACAACCAGUCAGGACUUGUAGAGAUCUACCAUGACGGCCAAUGGGGAUACAUUUGCGAGAAGUCCGGUUAUUCUGAACUUGUAUGUUCCGACCUUGGUUAUACGGACACGACGGAUGCUACUAGUCUCGAUACGCAGACGGUUGCUGAUGGGACAAUGACAUGGUACAGCGCAUCAGUCGUUUAUAUCACAUGUAACACCGUAUUUGGAUGUCAACACACAGCGUGGGGGGAUCCCUACAGUGAUUGUAAUCCUAUGGCAGUUCGUUGUGUACCCAACCCCACUCUGGACCCCGGCGGGAGAGCUCCUGAACUUAUUGGUGCUCGUCUGGUUGACGGAUCUCGUAAAUCAGAGGGAAGAAUUGAAGUUUACUACCAAGGACAAUGGGGCACCGUCUGUGAUAAUCUUUGGACCAUCAGGGAAGCCAGUGUGUUGUGUAAACAAUUGGGAUAUACUGGAGCAGAUGAGCUUGUAAUAGCCGGGAGGUUUGGACAAGGAGAAGGCGAUGUACUACUAGAAAGGGUGCAAUGUACUGGUGAUGAGGCAAACCUGUUUGAAUGCACACACGGUGCGAUUCCAACCACCGCUUGUGACCAUUCAGAAGACGUGGGCGUGGUCUGUACUUCUACAGGUUCUGUAAGACUGGGGGAUGCUACAUCAUUAGGUAGAGGCAGACUGGAAUACCUGGAUGAGAGCCAAGGCUGGGGAACUGUGUGCAACCAAACCUGGAGCCAAUCCGACAGCACAGUAGCAUGUGUUCAACUGGGAUUCGAUACUCUUACCAUCCAUCAUGCCUUCCCCGCAUCUGGAGGAGACGACCUGCCGAUAGUGCUUGGAGGCCUUCAAUCUCGUAUAUUCUGCAUCAACAGUGGUUUUCAAGAUGCAGUAUUUACAUAUAACACGACAGGAGGUCCCGUGACUCCAGUGAGUACGAUCGCGAACACAAUCAACUGUACAGGAGACGAAGAAUACUUCACCGAUUGUCCUCAGAUAGAAUGGGCCUAUCAGGGAGAAUGCAGUCAGGAGGCUCGACCCGCUGUUGUGUGUCAAGUGGGACAAAAAUCACUUAGCAUCGUCAACCCGAUUCCUGGUUACCCUGAAUACGGUCGAGUAGAAGUGACGGUCAACAACCAGCUGACAGGUACCAUCUGUGACAGUACGUGGGACCAGGCUGCAGCUAAUGUGGUCUGUCGUGAUCUUGGUUUUAAGCGAGGAGCCCGAAGGUUCUUCACCAUCGGGGGAGGGGCUGCCGGAGACAUAUUCAACAGCGUACACUGCACUGGAGAUGAAGAAAGUUUUAGCGAUUGUCGGAGUGAGUUGGUCCCAGACUCACGAACGGACUGCGAUCACACUCAAGACGCUGGCGUCGAAUGUGUCGCAAACGAUGACGCAUUGAUUGACUUCGUGAGCGGUGCAGGUUCCUUUGAGGGCGUGGUGUAUUACCGAGUAGAGGGUCGACGUGCCUUGAUUUGUGAUCAAACAUGGACUGACAAGGAAGCCGCUGUGGCAUGUCGUAUGCAGGGAUACGAAGGUGGGACAGCAACCAAUGUAGUCGAUCUAGCACCAGAGGAUUCUACUGAUAUCUUCCAAUGGGAUGUCGUGUGUGAUGGCGAUGAGGAAAGACUAGAAGACUGUACUGUGACCAAGAGAGACAAUCCGACCUCAUGCGCUCCUGAAAACAUUGCUCAGGUCAGAUGCGGGCCGAAUAAAGAUGGGGACUUGCGGAUGACUGGAAGUGAGUUUUCAGAGCAAGGACGGGUGGAAACCUACACGGACGGAGAAUGGGUCAGAUUUUGGGUGAUUCCUACCGCAUUCGCGAACAAUCCUAUCUAUGACAGGCUUUGUAAAGCCAUAGGGUAUGAUGAAGCGUUGUAUUUUUACAAUGGAGCAGCGCAGAUGCCUUUCCAAGAAGCUUCACAGGAUGCAGGGGUCUUGUGUCAGCUUCAACCCUUAGACAACAGCUUCCGGUGUCGUGCCCUAGCUGAUACGACUGGAAUUGGUUCUAGUUACGAGACAGGCAUCGUGUGUAAGCCCUUUGACAUUGUGGCAUACCAUCCAAUAAGAUUGGUCGACAUUAACACAAACGAGAUCAACAACCAGUCAGGACGUGUAGAGAUCUACCAUGACGGCCAAUGGGGAAACAUUUGCGAGAAUUCCGGUCAUUCUGAACUUGUAUGUUCCGACCUUGGUUAUACGGACACGACGAAUGCUACUAGUCUUGAUACACAGACGGUUGAUGAUGGGACAAUGACCUGGUUCAGCACAUCAAUCCUUUUCUCGUGUAACACCGUAUUUGGAUGUCAACACACAGCGUGGGGGAUCCCCAAAGUGAUUGCGAUCCAAUGGCAGUUCGUUGUGCACCCGGAAGAGCUUCAUCUCUGGAGGGUUUGGCAUUAUCCCUCAUCAUCGUGGUGGUCGUUCUCACGGUCGAUCUCGGAUUCGUCAAUCUCUAAAGACUACAAGAAAAUCUUAGAUCUAAAUGAGCGUCAUUCCGGUGGCUACAUGUUGUUUUCCCGAAGUUUCAUGAUUUCGAAGGUCCGUGAUUCCGGAAGUACUUUCCUGCAAAGGGUCAAGAUUACGAAAAUUAUAGGUAUUACAAAGUUUUGGGAAAUUUUGAAAAUUGGGUGGAUAGUGAUUCUUUACAUUUUUGAUAUAUUUGGAUGGUAUUAUAAGCACUAGACAGUUGAGCCCCUAAAGCAAUUAUGCUUUCGAGAAAAAUUGAAUGUAGAAAUUUACCGGUGCUCCCGGUCAUUUUUGUAAAUUUCAAAUAGCGCCUA